CCGGCCUCCAUGUCAAAUCCAGUUUGGAGUACAAGCUGAGAAGCACGCAGAAAGGUCUCGCUUACCCGGUAGUCAUGGGUGGCGAUGGUGAUCCAGGUGGCACCCACGCCUACCAAGCUCUAGCCGAUGAGGAUUGUCCCUUUGACCCCAUGGAGCCACCCAGGAGGCCCACGGGGAAACUCAUCAUGCAUAGCAUGGCCAUGUUCGGGCGGGAGUUCUGCUAUGCGGUGGAGGCAGCGUAUGUGACCCCGGUGUUGCUCAGCGUGGGCUUACCCAAGAGUCUGUACAGCAUGGUGUGGUUGCUCAGCCCCAUCCUGGGAUUCCUGCUGCAACCUGUGGUGGGAUCAAUCAGCGACCACUGCCGGGCCAGGUGGGGCCGCCGGAGACCCUACAUCCUUGCACUGGGCAUCAUGAUGCUUCUUGGCAUGGCCCUGUACCUCAACGGAGAUGCUGUGGUGUCAGCUUUGGUUGCUAACCCAAGGAGGAAGCUGGUAUGGGCCAUAAGCACCACCAUGACGGGUGUGGUUCUCUUUGACUUUGCUGCCGACUUCAUUGACGGGCCCAUCAAAGCCUACUUGUUUGAUGUCUGUUCCCACAAGGACAAGGAGAAGGGGCUCCACUAUCAUGCUCUCUUCACAGGUUUUGGAGGUGCCCUGGGUUACCUUUUAGGUGCCAUAGACUGGGCCCAUCUGGAGCUGGGACGAGUUCUGGGCACUGAAUUCCAGGUCAUGUUUUUCUUCUCUGCCUUGGUGCUCAUUGUGUGUUUUAUUAUCCACCUGUGCAGUAUCCCCGAAGCGCCACUUAGAUAUGUUCCAAAAGACAUCUCCCCACAGCAAGCCCCCCAGGACCCUUCACUGUCGUCAGAUGGGAUGUACCACUAUGGUUCUAUUGAGAAAGUUAAAAAUGGUUAUGUAAACCAAGAGCUGGCAAUGGAAGGAGAAAAACACCAAAGGUCUGCUGAACAGACUCAGAGGACAAUGACCAUGAGGUCUCUGCUGAGGGCACUGGUGAACAUGCCUCCCCACUACCGCUGUCUCUGCGUCAGCCACCUCUUCGGAUGGACUGCCUUCCUAUCCAACAUGCUCUUCUUCACAGAUUUCAUGGGCCAGAUCGUGUACGGCGGGGACCCCUAUAGCGCACACAACUCCACGGAGUUUCUCACCUAUGAAAGAGGGGUGGAGGUUGGAUGUUGGGGCCUGUGUAUCAACUCUGUGUUUUCUUCCCUUUAUUCAUACGUUCAGAAAGCUUUGGUAUCCUACAUCGGAUUAAAGGGCCUUUACUUCAUGGGGUAUUUGCUAUUUGGCCUGGGGACAGGAUUAAUAGGACUGUUCCCAAAUGUCUACUCCACACUGGUCCUAUGUGCCUUGUUUGGUGUGAUGUCCAGCACACUGUACACUGUGCCCUUUAACCUCAUUGCUGAGUACCACCAUGAGGAAGAAAAGGAGAGGCGAGAGGCACCCCGCGUGGACGUGGGCAGCAGCGGGCGAGGCAAGGGCGUGGACUGCGCGGCCCUCACCUGCAUGGUACAGCUCGCUCAGAUCCUGGUCGGAGGUGGCCUGGGUUUCCUGGUCAACGUGGCCGGGAGUGUCAUCGUUGUGGUGAUCACAGCUUCUGCGGUGGCAUUGAUUGGCUGUUGUUUUGUGGCUCUUUUUGUUAGAUAUGUGGAGUAGGUCUUUAGAGAGACAUUGAUCCUCACCUCAGACAAGUGAAAUCCAUGGCCCGAAGCCAAGUGUUUUCUGAGGCUCUGCACGCUGCACACCCCGUGUUGGGGUUUCAGCCGGGUCAUCUGACAGGCCUUACUCUGAGCACUCUCAUGCACAACAGCCCCAUUUCCAGGCAUCAUUUGUCCUGACUGAGCCUGCAUGAGCAGGUGACAAAGGGUCAGUGUGGUAGGCUCACCUGCCUCAGUGAAUCUUCUCAGUGCUCCUCAGUGAAAGGGUGGGAGAGGAAUCGUCUCUUUUCAAAAGUGAUGCUUAGCUUUGAUAUGCAAUAUUAACUUUUGGACAAAAACACAGCAACCCAUGCAGAAUUGAGGAAUCAUGCAUUUUACCAACCCAAACACUGGAAUUAUUGCUGACAAUUUCUUUUAUGGCAUUGAAUCCAUAUUUAAUCCACUCAUAUUUAAUUCCUAUUAACUUGUGACAUCCCCAUCAAGUCUGCUUUGAACAUCUUAUGCUUAAACACCUACCACUUUAAAACAAUUUAUUUUGUUGACACAGUAAAAAUAUUUCCCUUGGGCUUAGUGGCUCAGGCAUUUGCCUGUGAAGCCUAAGGAUCCAGGUUCAAUUCCCCAAUACCCAUGUAAUCCAGAUGCACAAGGUGGAACAUGAGUCUGGAGUUUAUUUGCACUGGCUU